AGCGUGUGUUGGCUGGGAAGGGGAUAGUCCAGGGGAAACUGGGGAUUACAUUGUCUACCUGCUUGUAGAGGAAUUAUUCUCCUCUCUGGAAUAACCAUUACACAGCUCUUCCAUCAACAUCUCCAAAGGAGCCUCAGUGGUCCAGACAGAAAUUCUGACCCAUCAUCCAAACGCGGUGACAUCACUGUUAUCACCUGACCUGCAGCAGAUCGUUCCUGCUUGUGACAUCAACACUUGUCAGUUACGUCAACGCUGAGAGCGAGUUAUACAGCGUCAGGGAGACCAUGAGCAGCAACUACAGCGUCACUCUGUCAGGACCUGCCCCCUGGGGAUUCAGGCUGCAGGGGGGGAAGGACUUCAACAUGCCCCUCACCAUCUCCAGGCUGACAGAUGGUGGGAAGGCGGCUAAAGGCGGCAUUGCUGUCGGAGACUUGGUCCUGUCCAUUGACGGCAUCGCCACAGAGGGCAUGAACCACCUGGAGGCUCAGAAUAAGAUCAAGAACUGCAGUGGCAACCUCAGCCUCACCCUGCAGAAGGCUCCCAGUGUACCCAAACCUCCUCCAGUGGCACCAAAGGACAACAGAUCAGACAUCAUAAAACCAGUCGCCCUCACCCACCCACCACUGCCACCCCAUCCUCACCCUCACACCUUCAGCCUGUCCAGCCACUCCACCGCCCCCUACAACAAAGCCCCCAGACCUUACGGGGUCUGUGGAUCAGAGAGCGAGUACCCACCUUCACAGCCCCCUUUUGCUCCCUUCAUCCCUUCCCCAUCCUCCGCCUUCACUCCUGCCUCCUCCCACAGCAGUCCUCCUUUUCCUCCUCCUCCACCUCCCGUCUCUUACCCAUCCUCUCCCUCCUCCCCCUCCCCGCCUGUCCUCGUCCCACCCCAGCCAUCGGUGUAUAACACGCCGAUCAACCUGUACUCCACCGAGAACGCAUGUGAGGUGGCCAUGGGGCAGAGGCGGGGCCUGUUGGAGAGUCAGGGCGGAGCGUUGCCUUUGCAGUUUAAUGGAGUUCCAAGGAAACACGUCGUGGACACAGACAUCCAUUUCUACCACGUUCCCACUCACGCUGAUGCCAGCAGGAAGCGCAUCAUGGAGGACACAGAGGACUGGCGCCCUCGCACCGGCACCAUGCAGUCCAGAUCCUUCAGGAUCCUGGCUCAGAUCACCGGCACAGAGAAUGCUCCAGCAGAGGAAGCCGACACAGCCAAGAAGACAAAUGAGGAUGCAGAAGAGUCUGAACUCAACACCCAUGAGACUGCAGUAGUGAAGACCAUGGUCAAAGGACCAGCUGCAAACAUGAGUUACCGACCACAGACUGGUGUGAUCACACCGUCUUUUGGUAUAAAGGGUAAUGGAAGUGCAAGCGUCCCGAGGGGUCCUGUCCCAGCCCGGCCUUUACCUCAGCCCCACCCUGAGGACACGCUGGUUCAGAUGGCAGAGCACAUACCUGCUGGGACUCGAACACCCAUGUGUGCCCACUGCAACAUGGUCAUCAGAGGGCCGUUUUUGGUAGCGAUGGGGAAAUCCUGGCAUAAGGAAGAAUUUAACUGCGCCCACUGCCGUACAUCUCUAGCAGACACAGGCUUUGUGGAAGAACAAGGCUCUGUCUACUGUGAACACUGCUAUGAAGAGUUCUUCGCUCCAUCAUGCAGCCGCUGCCAAGCCAAAAUACUGGGGGAGGUGAUAAACGCCCUCAAACAGACGUGGCACGUCUACUGCUUUCUGUGUGCUGCCUGUCAGCAGCCUAUUAGAAACAACACCUUCCACCUGGAGGACGGAGAACCAUUCUGUGAACAAGACUUCUACAGGUUGUUCGGCACUGGCUGCCAUGGCUGUGAAUUCCCGAUUGAGGCUGGAGACAAGUUCCUGGAGGCCCUGGGUUACACCUGGCAUGACACCUGCUUUGUCUGUUCUGUGUGCUGCACCACUCUGGAGGGCCAGACCUUCUUCUCCAAGAGAGACAAACCUCUCUGCAAGAAACACGCUCACACACUGAAAAUAUGAAGACUUCUCUCAUUCUCUAUUCAAACAUUUCCUCUUUGUUUUUGGCGUUACAGGCCAAUACAGUUCACACUACAAUAAAGCUCAGGCAAAUAGGGCACACUAGAGGCACUAGCAGGCUGGGAUAAAGGAGACAAGUCUGCUAUAUUUACUCCAAAUAGAUCAUAUUUUUGGUUUUUCUGGAUUUUAUUCAGUCAAACAUCCUAAAAUGUCAGUUUUACUACCAAACAGAGACAGAAAUGUAGUAAUAUAUAUGGGUUUGGGGAUUCUUUUCUUUAACUCUUUAAUCUUUUUUGGCCUUUGUAAUGUUUUAAAUCAACAAAACACAGUGCUGGAGAUUUAUGAAAGUUUGAGCUAGUUUGAAAAAAAAUGUACUUUAAGUGUUUCUGUUUGUGUUGCAGUGUAAAAUUCAACAAUCCUACCAGCUGCUCUUAAGACAAGUCCAAGAAAACACUAGCCAUCUAUAUUUUUAUUGGUUGAACUUCAUUAUACUUUAUUGUAAUGUUUUUUUUUUUCCAGAUAAAUGGCAUAUGAAUACACCUUUUAAACUCAGAAUCUGCAAUUAAGAUUUCAAGAAUGUACUUUUGUUACCAUGGGCUUACUGUGAUGUCUUGUGCCAUGAUAAAAGCAAAAUGAAGUUA